CAGAGUGCGUGGCCAUACGGCACGGCGGCCUAUUUGACACUUCUGUGAAACAUGGCCACGGUGAAAGACGGAAAAAACUGUGCAAAGAAACCUUGUGCAGAUUGUGACACGGGAACAAUAUCAUACUCAAUCAAAGUCGUAAGAAACCCCGAUUUGUGUUUUGAGUAUCUUGUGCGUCAGGGUGUACUAAACAAUACGAUGCAGUGUAAGAAGUGUGUGCCAGCUUCACCGCGACCAACAAACGGAUGCACCCUUUCCUCCUGGCUGGGGCUCAGCUCUUUCCUCCAGACAAAGAAAGGGUGAUGAUGAGUUUCCUUGGUGACAGGAUGCCCUUGGCCCCACUCUCGGGCAAGGAAAUAGUCGGCACGGGAGUCAGCGUCAAAGAAGAGCUCAGCGAAGAUGUCACUGAUGAUGCAUGCCUGGAAAUAAAAGAGGAACCACUAGAUGGAGAUGAAGCGAGAAAUGAUGUGUGUAAUGUGAAUGUGAUGCAUGAAAGUCAUUUCUUUCAUAAUCUUCAUGAUCUAAGACAUGAAUCACAUGCAAAAGACUUUUUAACCAUAACCAUUACCUUUUUUCAUUAUGACGCGUAUUUAAGUCUCCAUACUUUGUGUUGCCCUGUUAUAAGCUAUAUCGAGCAGUGUGACAUGCUGAUUUCCCCCCUGUAUUGUGCCUAUAUAAAAGUAUACGGGUAAAUAGCUUGUGUAAAUAAAGGAAAGACUGUCAUUUCGUGUUUAACGGUGCCCUGCCUCGCCGCGUGGUGUUUCCCCUCAUGGUGUUCUGGGACGCUGUGGUCCUCGGUGCCUCUUGGAGCUGUUCAGUGUUCAUGACCCUGUGGAUAGCACGCCGUCUACCUAG